AUGGCUGCCAUAGCUUUCUCUAAGCGGCGCCCAGGAAGGGGAACCAUUGUGCCGCGGAACCUUGUUGACUUGCCGCUGAGCGGGGCGGGGCGGCGGGUAGAGAGUGACGGACCCGGCCGCACAGACAUGGAGGGCUCCGCUGUGGUGUCUCUUCCCCGGCAGCUGAAGCCCAUGGUGUGCGUGGAGUACCCGGGGCUGGUGCGGGACGCGGGCCGGAUGCUGCGGACCCUAGGCGGGGAGGAGGGGGUGUCCCGGGUGUACGCCGACCCCGCAAAGAGGCUUGAGCUUUAUUUCCGACCCGACGACCCUUACUGCCACCCGCUGUGCGCCAACCGCUUCCCCACCACCACCAUGAUCCUGCGCGUCAAGAAGAAAACUCGUAAGAAAAAAACAACUGACCCCAAUACAGGAGAACCGGCACCGGAGGGAUCGAUCAGCAUGGAAAUCCUGGGUGUAGUGGGCACAGUCUAUAAGUUUCAAGGGAUGUCAGACUUCCAGUAUUUGGCUUUCUCCAGGGGCUCGGAUGGGCUUCACACUUCCCUCUAUGAUAAGAUUUUACUGAAGAAGCCGGAGAAGGAGGAAUUCUUCCACCAGGACAUCCCCCUUCACAUCCCUCCACCCAUAUUCUCCCGCCUGGACAACCCUGUGGAUUAUUAUUAUCGCCCUAAUGUCAAUCACAGGGAUGGCUAUCAGCCUCCACAUCUGUCCAGUGAGAACCUGAUUGGUUUAAGCCGUGCCCGCCGACCCCACAACGCCAUAUUUGUUUACUUUGAGGAUGGAGAGGUGCCCACCCAGCCUCACCCAGCUGCCGUCAAGAACUGGAAGAAGCUGUGCACCAAUUCUAUGGACAUGAAAGUAGAGCAGGAGAUGAAGAAGCUCUUUAACUGUCGCCCCAUUUGGUCCCGGAACGCAAUCAAAGCCAACGUUAGUAUCCACCCCGAUAAGCUCAAGUUGUUGCUGCCUUAUUUUGCCUAUUACAUGUUGACUGGGCCAUGGAGAAGUCUUUGGGUGCGGUUUGGCUACGACCCAAGGAAAAAUCCAGAAGCUAAAAUUUACCAAGUCCUUGAUUUCCGGAUACGCUGCGGGAUGAAGUACGGGUACACCCCAAAUGAAAUGCCAGUCAAAGCCAAACGCAGCACUUACAAUUACAGCUUGCCCAUCACUUUGAAAAAGCCUGUGGCCCAAGCAGUCAGCAUGCAGGACCUGACCCAUGGACUGGGCUCUCUGGGUUCAAAAGAUGGUAAAAAGCUUCCAUCUAACAAAUAUCGCCUGAAGGAAGCGGUUUACGUUUUCCAGGAAGGGAACUUACCGCCAUACCGUCAGAUGUUUUACCAAUUGUGUGAUUUGAAUGUGGACAGUCUACAGGAGAUCAUCAAGCGGAACGACGGUGUGGAGUCUGAAUGUACUGAACGAGACGGCUGGUGUCUCCCCAAAACUAGCGACCUGCUCCGAGACUCCAUGUCCCUAAUGAUCAAGCAGAUCAUCCGCUCCAAGAGACCCGCUCUGUUCACCGGGCCCUCGGCCCCCAAUGACAACAAGGAGCCACUCACCUACGAGUCUGGAGAAGAAGAGGAAGAUGAAGAGGAGGAGUUUCAUCCUUCUGAAGGAAGCGAGAACGAGAUGGAGACAGAACUUCUGGACUACGUGUGAUGGGGAUUCCUGCUGUAAUCUUACGUAUAUUCAGGUUUAUUGGUGGAGAGCGGCGCUUCCAGGUAUGGACUGAUUUCCUAUGGCGUUUGGAGGAACGGACUGAAGGUUUGAUACACGAGAAGAUAAAGCACAAAGAAUAGGCAAACGGCGCUUAAAUAUAUAUUUUUACUCUUGUUAGUUUGACCGCACUCAUAUAAUGUUGUAAUAUGUAUAUAUAUGGUUUUUUUGGACAUUUACUGUAUUAAUAUAACAUCUGGCCUCUCCGUGUAGAUAUUUUUGUAUUAUUUUUUUUUUUUUUGUACUAUUUUAAAUCUUAUAGCAAAAUAAAUAAAUAGUG